ACUCCGCAUCAUCCCUCGCGUCCCAAGCUCCGGCUGCCGCCGUCUCGCCGCCAGCUCCUCGCUGCUGCCUUGCCCGCUCCCGCCUCCGCGCCCACCCGCAGAAUACAAUGGCUACUCUAAAAGAGAAACUGAUCACACAAAUAGCAUCAGAAAGCACCAUCCCUAACAAUAAGGUCACUGUUGUCGGGGUUGGCCAAGUUGGUAUGGCUUGUGCUAUCAGCAUUCUUGGAAAGAGUCUUUGUGAUGAGCUUGCUUUAGUUGAUGUUUUGGAAGAUAAGCUAAAGGGUGAAAUGAUGGAUCUUCAACAUGGGAGUUUGUUUCUUCAGACUCAUAAGAUUGUGGCAGACAAAGAUUAUGCUGUCACAGCUAAUUCCAAGAUUGUGGUGGUGACUGCUGGAGUUCGUCAGCAAGAAGGGGAGAGUCGCCUUAACUUGGUCCAGAGGAACGUGAAUGUCUUCAAAUUUAUUAUUCCUCAGAUCAUGAAGUACAGUCCAGAUUGCACCAUUCUUGUGGUUUCCAACCCAGUGGACAUAUUGACAUAUGUCACAUGGAAGCUAAGUGGACUGCCCAAGCACCGUGUGAUUGGAAGUGGUUGCAAUUUGGAUUCAGCCAGAUUUCGCUACCUGAUAUCCGAAAAGCUUGGCAUCCACCCCAGCAGCUGCCACAGCUGGAUCUUAGGAGAACAUGGAGAUUCUAGUGUGGCUGUUUGGAGCGGAGUUAAUGUGGCAGGGGGUUCCCUCCAGGAGUUGAAUCCUGCUAUGGGUACUGACCGUGAUAGUGAGAACUGGAAAGAAGUCCACAAGCAGGUGGUUGAAAGUGCCUAUGAAGUGAUCAAACUUAAAGGAUACACUAACUGGGCCAUUGGCCUUAGUGUUGCUGAUCUACUUGAAACCAUGAUGAAAAACUUGUGCAGGGUUCAUCCAGUGUCAACAAUGGUAAAGGGCAUGUACGGCAUUGAGAAUGAAGUCUUCCUGAGCCUCCCUUGUGUGUUAAGUGCCUCUGGACUGACAAGUGUGGUCAACCAAAAGCUGAAGGAUGAUGAGGUGGCUCAACUGAGGAGCAGUGCAGAUACGCUGUGGAGCAUCCAGAAAGAUCUCAAAGAUCUGUAACCUGAAUGCUAACUUCCAGCAA